UCCAAUUGCAGACGGGUCCAUGCCUUUGUUUUUUACAAGGCAGGGUUGUAUUUCGUCACAUCUGUGGAAAUGUUGGGAGAGCUUUUGUCAUUUGUUGUCCAACCAUACACGUAACUGUGGAAUAAAACCCCUUCUCUACAGGGUUCACCCAUUGAUGAGAUGCAUCAGUUUUGGAUUGUUUUGUUUUUACAGAGGUUAUUGUUAGACAGGACUAGUGCUAGAUAGCUAUUAUGUAAACGGUUUCAAUCCAGCUUCUUGAAGAAGAUCAGUGAGGAGAGUUUUCGAGAUUUUUUGCAGAAGAUGAAUGAUUCUGUCUUUCAGAAAAUGGAAAGAACUAGUGGUAGCUCUGAUAUUGAAGCAAAAGAAGAAUGUUUAGAGUCCAAAAUGUGCCAGAGGGGUCACUGGAGACCGGCUGAAGAUGAGAAACUUAGGGAGCUUGUGCAAAACUAUGGUCCCCAAAAUUGGAACGCUAUUGCAGACAAACUCCAUGGAAGAUCAGGGAAGAGCUGCAGAUUGAGAUGGUAUAAUCAGUUGGAUCCACGCAUAAACCGUAGGCCUUUCACAGAAGAAGAGGAAGAGAGGCUUGUCGCAGCACACAGAUUACAUGGAAACAAAUGGGCCAUGAUCGCCCGGCUGUUUCCAGGAAGAACAGACAACGCUGUGAAGAACCACUGGCAUGUUAUCAUGGCAAGAAAAUUUAGAGAGCGAUCUCGUAUCUAUGGCAAACGAAAGCUAUGCUAUUCUCUCAGAAAGGCAACUUCAACUGUCGAUUAUCGUCACCACCUUGCACAUACUCCUCACAAUGCUUUUGUAGACAGAUAUUGUAGAAGAAAAUAUCAAGGGCUUACGAUGAAUCCAUCUAUUGAACCCAAUCACAACCGGCAGAUCACAGAGCCAAUUUUAUGCAUCAAUUCACGAGGUAACAUUCCAUCUGUUGAAGGAGAGGAUUACAGCAAUAGAGUUAUGAGUAAACAUAAUACCCAAUUUAGGAAACAACUUUGCUCUCCACAAUCCACCAUGAAAACUACUUCAUUACCAUCAGCUUCCUUAUUGCCUACAAUCUUCUCUGGUACAGUAAUUCCAACACCAACAGAUUUAUCACAGUGUGAAAGGCUCACUUAUGUUUGGAAACAACGAGAUGCAGCUGGUUCAGAUACACAACUUAAAUUGCCACAUGUUCAUAAUCAUCAUAGACUAACACAUUCUCAUAGAAAUACAGGUGAAGAUCCAUCAGAAGGUGAGGAAGACGAGAAUUCUUCACAGGCUAUCAAAUUUACCAGUGGCAACAGCCACAAUCUUUCAAUUGGUCGAGUAGGUAUAAACUAUUCUCAGAGUUCUAAUUGCACAACCACGGGGAAAGAGGAAAAUAUAACAUUCCAUCAGUCUUAUGUUAGAAAAAAUGACAAGCCCAUUGAUAAUCAAGGGCCACUAGCUCUUGAAAUGAAAUAUGCAGAUUUAAAAUUGAGCAUACUAGAUGUUGAGCCUUCAUGCUCCAAAUCCAAUGACAAAGCACUCGAGGAGGGACAGUUGAAGGACAGAGCUAACGUUGCCUUCAUCGAUUUCUUAGGAGUGGGAACAUCUUAGUUCAACUGGAAGCAUUCAUGGAAAGAUUUUCAACAGACUUGUUUAUAGUUUCUUUUGUUGAAGCAGCCUUAACUCUUAACACAGUCUGGUUAUUGUAACCCAUAACAUAUAACAUAAGUAAUAGCCUUAUCAAAAGUAUUAUUCCUCGCAAGGGAAUUGUUUGCUAAA